CUGUCGGUAUCCCCUGAAAAUCCAAUGGUCGACAACUGACGCACACACAAACUAAUGAAAAGGCUUUCGAAUCAGAGGCUUAAGAAAGACGGUGUGUCGUCUAACUGAGAAGCUAUUUGGGUUUUUUUGGUUGUUAUACGCUUGUUGGAAGUUUUUUGUGGGACUGAGUGACCACAUGGCUGCUAUCCGAAAGAAGCUCGUGGUGGUCGGCGAUGGUGCCUGCGGUAAAACAUGCCUUCUAAUUGUGUUCAGCAAAGACGAAUUCCCAGAAGUCUAUGUGCCGACCGUCUUUGAGAACUAUGUGGCGGACAUCGAGGUGGACAGCAAGCAAGUAGAAUUAGCUUUGUGGGAUACUGCGGGUCAGGAAGACUACGACCGCCUUCGCCCGCUUUCCUACCCGGACACCGAUGUUAUAUUAAUGUGCUUCUCGGUGGACAGUCCUGACUCUCUUGAAAACAUCCCCGAGAAAUGGGUUCCAGAAGUAAAGCAUUUCUGCCCGAACGUACCAAUCAUUCUGGUUGCCAAUAAGAAAGACCUGCGAAAUGAUGAAAACGUGAGGAAUGAACUUGCCAGGAUGAAGCAAGAGCCAGUAAAAACCGAGGAUGGCCGGGCUAUGGCGGUGCGCAUCGGGGCUUACGACUACUUGGAGUGUUCCGCUAAAACCAAGGACGGGGUCCGAGAGGUGUUUGAGACAGCCACACGCGCUGCCUUGCAGAAAAGGUCAAGACAACACGGAGGCUGCAUGAACUGCUGCAAACUGCUGUGAACUGAAAAUGCUACUUCUGAUGUACUGAAAAAUGACAGUGUCUCGUCGCUGGCCUAUGCCAAGAACACACGGAGAAAAGAAACGCCCUUUUAGAUACUGCUGAUGGGCGAGUCUCAUUUUGCAACGUGUAGAGUGGUUUACAGCCCAUUCGGAGAGAUACAAAGAUUUGUCCCGUGCUCGCAGAUUAUCGGCGUAUGGGUUUGAACGGGUGGGUUUUCGGUGGCCACGGAGCAGUAACGCCUAGAAGUGCGGAACAAUGGGUUUAACACUCUAAGCAGCGGCCUUCUUAUAAAAUGUAUAGGGCUUUUAAACACCUUGACACUGCAUUGAGCCAACUAUAAUUUGAGAAUGCCUUUGGAUAUCUGAUAUACUCAAUAAGAGAGACUGAAGAAAGAGUAAGAUUUUGGUUGCUGGCAGCUGUGGUAACAACGAGACAUAACGAGAUUGACACUGUUCUGCGAUCUCUGGGCCGUGAAAACCGGCAACUGUUCUUUGUUGUAUGAAGAAAGACCUGGUGUAUCAGGCUGACGAAAGUACAGAGGGGGAUGGGCACAAGCGGUCAGUGCUCCUUAUUGUGUAUUGUAUUGCGCAUAAGUCACUUCGCUUUAAUAAUACGCGCACAAAUAAUAUUUCAAUACAUUAAAGCGUCGGUCACAGAGAUCACACAAAAUCUUCACGGUAGCCCAGCGUUAUUCGCUUAAUUUAGUUAGCGCUGGGUGUCGAGCAGUGCGAUUGUUCAGCCCAGAUGGGAUUAUUUAAACACUGGCGUUACCACGAUUAAGUUGAUUACAACUGCACUGAAGUAAAUUCGCAAUUGCUCUUUUAAAGGAAGUAAAAAUUAUUCCUAACGUCACAAGCCCUUUAUCUUUGCGCUAUGCCGUUUCAAUUGAGAUUUAUAAAGUUAAGCUCUGUACACGUAAAACUAUUUUUUAUACUUCUCAGUUCUGUGGUAACAUUAACUUCAGUUUUAAAAUCGAAGUGGUUAAAUUCGUAGGUUGUCAUGUUUACAGUAACCCAGAAAGUAUUUGAGAUGUAUGAACAUUUUGUUUCGCAAAAAUAAAGGUAUUAAGUGUUUAAUGUAAAUAUAAA